CCAGAGUCGACCGAUGCGUGUGAUGAUUGAUUGACAAUUAUAGAUCUACUAUAGUACAUCGCCUUCUACCUCUAGUCAGGCCUACCCUCGAAUCGUCUUUGGUUCAUCAUGAACUUCAGUGGUUUUCUUCGGCUAUCUACUCCCAGAUUCAGCAGAUCGCUUGCAACUGUAACCCAUACACCCCGCUUGGCACCACAAAGACAUGACUGGACGCGACAAGAAAUCCAAAAGAUUUAUGACAGUCCUCUGUUAGAUCUUGUCUUCCGCGCAAGUAGCAUCCAUCGUCAGAAUCAUGACCCUAGCAAGAUCCAACUAUGCACACUUAUGAAUAUCAAGACUGGUGGAUGCUCUGAGGACUGCUCGUACUGUUCUCAGUCAUCCAGAUAUUCCACCCCGACGAAGGCUUCACGUUUGCUUGAUAUCGAACCUGUCAUCGAAGCAGCACGAAAGGCCAAAGAGAAUGGAAGCACAAGGUUUUGCAUGGGUGCAGCAUGGAGAGACCUCGCAGGACGCAAGAGAGGGUUUGAAAGAAUUCUUCAAAUGGUCCGAGAGGUCCGGGGUAUGGGGAUGGAAGUCUGCACGACUCUUGGUAUGCUCAGUCCAGAGCAAGCAAAACAGUUGAAAGAGGCCGGCCUCACUGCAUACAAUCAUAAUCUCGAUACGUCGCGUGAAUUUUAUCCGCAGGUCAUCACGACGCGGUCAUACGACGAGCGCCUGGGCACCAUUAGCGCAGUUCGAGAUGCUGGAAUAAGCGUCUGCUCUGGCGGUAUAUUAGGCCUUGGAGAGUCAGAUGCGGAUCGCAUUGGCUUGAUUCAGGAAGUUGCCAAUAUGCCGGAACACCCCGAAUCCUUCCCUGUAAACGCACUCGUACCCAUACCAGGCACUCCACUCGAAGGAAAUGAACGGGUUGCUCAUCAUAUUUUACUGCGGACGAUCGCCACCGCGCGUAUUGUCCUCCCAGGAACAAUCAUUAGACUUGCAGCGGGGAGAAACACGCUUAGUGAAUCUGAGCAAGCCAUGUGUUUCAUGGCCGGUGCUAAUGCGGUGUUUACGGGAGAACAGAUGUUGACCACUCCAUGUUCUCCAUGGGAUGAGGACAAGGCAAUGAUGGGUAGGUGGGGUCUGGAAGGAAUGCGAAGCUUUGAACAAGCAAGCGUCGCAAGAAAGGAAGGCGCUGCGCUAGGACCGCAAACUACGAGAACAGUCUCGGAGUCGCAAGCAAAGUCAUCCUAGAAUCCCCGGCAAAUUCGCCACUCAUUACGAAAUACAAGCAAGGAACAUCAUUUCGCUACCUAGACUGGCAGUUUGUGUAUGUAUGUGGAUAUAUAUAUUUUUGCGACCACGGUGUACGCCUGCGGACUCACCGGCGAUAAUCCCCAAGUGCAACCGUUCGCGCGGAUAUUACUCAGGGACAACUUUCAGCUGGAAAUGCUAUUAUAACGUAGCC